AUGCAAACCAUUAAAUGUGUGGUAGUUGGAGAUGGCGCUGUGGGUAAAACUUGUCUUCUCAUAUCAUAUACCACUAAUAAGUUCCCCAGUGAAUAUGUACCGACUGUAUUUGAUAAUUAUGCUGUAACAGUAAUGAUUGGAGGAGAACCGUACACACUUGGUUUAUUCGACACAGCUGGCCAAGAGGAUUAUGAUAGAUUACGUCCUCUAUCUUACCCACAAACAGAUGUAUUUUUAGUUUGCUUCUCUGUCGUUGCACCUUCAUCAUUCGAAAAUGUGAAAGAAAAGUGGGUGCCGGAAAUAGCUCAUCAUUGUAUGAAGACACCGUUUUUAUUGGUUGGAACUCAGAUUGAUCUUCGAGACGACCCCUCAUAUAUUGAGAAAUUGGCUAAAAUAAAACAACGACCGAUAACAUUCGAAGUUGGUGAAAAGUUAGCAAAAGAAUUAAAGGCUGUAAAAUACGUCGAGUGUUCUGCUCUUACCCAGAAGGGUUUGAAGAAUGUCUUUGACGAAGCAAUUUUGGCGGCUUUGGAGCCACCCACACGAAAAAAGAAGAAGAAGAAAUGUGCUAUCCUUUAA